AUGGCUGAAUUUGGUGAUUCAUGUUGUGUGCCAUCAACAAUGGUAGUACAAUUAACAAAACCUGAUAAAAAUAAUAAUACAACGGCUAAUGUUGAUGAUGGUAUCAUUCUACCAUCUGAACAGUGUGAUGGUAUUGAGGAUGGAGCAGAUGAGAAAUCUGAAUGUACUGGUGAUAGCGACGAUCGUCGUCUUUCCUCCGGUGGUGAUGACGAUGGAGUGAACACUACUAAUUCUAAAACUAAUCAUGCAAUUGAGAUAACAACAGCUGCCUCUUCGACAUCAUCAUCGUCAAAUAACGAAAGUGAAGUGACCACAAAUCACGAUGCAACUACUAAUAAUGCCAAUACAUCUACGAAUAAUAUUUGUGCAACUGAUCCAUAUAAAGAUUUUUCCGGUGUCGAUACUGAAUCUUUCAUUGCAACAACACUAAGAAAUAAUCCCAAAGAUCGAACAUUAUUUCUGCAACUCGAAACAGUUCUUCAACAAUUCAUUCAAAAUGACGAACAAACAUCGCAUCAAUUUCAAGCAAUGAAUUCAUAUGAGCGUAUGAUUGUUCACCGUGUAGCAGCAUUCUUUGGCCUCGAUCAUAAUGUUGAUAAAAAUGGACAAGCUGUUGUUGUGACAAAAACAUCGAACACUCGAAUUCCCAAUUUUUCAUUUCAAAAAUGCAUUCCAGAGGAUGAAGUGAUCGGUGCAACGAAUGGUGCUUCAGCAGCGGAGAAUUCUACAUCGGCAACAAGCGCAACAGAGAUUCCUGCGCGUCGUAUUUUACGUCGACACGAAAAGCAUCCCAAUCAUGAACAUUCGCAGCGUAACGAUCUGAAUGAUGAUUAUACGAAUUCACAGAUAACAACAUCGACGAUGGCAAAUAAAACCCAACCACUAUCAAAACCAUAUUCAGAACGCGUUAACAAUUAUGCUGAGACACGCGCCAGAAUUUUCAAUGAUUCCAAUGAGCAAUCGAACGCAUUAAUAACAAAUAAAAAUGCUAAAAUAAAUCAAAAGCAACAUUCAAAUUAUGCACGACCUUCGUACCGUAAACAGCAACAUCAGAACAGUUCUCAUCAACAUCGUUCCUAUGCGUAUCAGCAUUCACAACAAGCAACUAAUAAUCAUGUACAACAGUAUCCAACGGGAAAAACUAUGGAUCCAUCUAGUCAUAUGCUCAAUACCUCGGCAAAUAGAACUCCAUCUAUUUAUCCAACACAACAACCGCCAUCAGUAAAUUUAAGUAUGACCCGGCCAUCCAUGUAUGCCUCAAUGAUAGCAUCGAAUCCCAAUGCAGCAACAUUACUUCCACCAACAGGCACUUCGUUUUAUACUCAAUCACAACAGCCACCUGUUGACUAUGAUUAUAAACAUCAGACGGGUGGAGCCCAUAUGUAUAGUUAUGUACCUAUGAUACCUCCGACAGCAUCUAAUUUUAUUCCUCAACAGCAACCACUUCCGCCUGGAGCAGGCGGUGUAGUAACAAAUGGUCCGAAUCAAGUGCCAUCACAACAUGCACCUGGUAUACGAGUACCGAUCAUCUUUCAUCAACAGCAUGGUGGACAAAUACAAUAUCUGUUUCCUGCGCAUGCUUUGCAACAGCAACAACAGCCACAACCUCCACCAACAAAUUCUUACCCAUUAACACCUGAUGGACAAUAUGUUCAGAUUUAUCGACCAGAUACAUUAUCUAUGCCAUCGGGCCCCCAAACAGUGCCACCGCCAUCAGUUGUUGACAGUAAUAAUUCCCAUCAACAUCAAUUUUCUCAAAAUCAACCUUAUCAUCAUCUUCCUCCUCAUCAUCAAAUCUCUCAACAACAGCAACAAUCGCAACAGCAGCAGCAGCAGCAGCAGCCGCCGCCGCCGCCGCCGCAACAAGUUCCAUCAUCUCAGUCUAAUCCUGCACCGCAACCUCCACCUUUCGUACGACUUUUCCCUACAGGACAACCAGGUAAUAUGUCACAUUCAUUUGCUCAAACAAAUUACCCACCACAUCCACAAACAGCAUUUGUUCCACCAGGAAACAUAUCAGCAACAUCGUUUAUGAUUCCUCCACCGCAAUCGCAAACUGCAGGUGGUUUACAAUCCUAUCCAUCAUUUGAUAAUAAUAUCCCAUAUAAUGCAUAUGCUCCAACAACUACAACGGCAGGAAAGACUAAUGCUGCUAAUAAUGGAACAGCAGUACAGUAUGCAACAAGUCAUCUAUCAACGCUAAAUUUACAAGGUCAUCACGAUGAUUAUCAACCACGUUUUAUCAAUAAUCAACAAACGCGUUUUCCUCAUUCGAAUGGUUCAAAAUUAAAUAAUCAGCAAAGAAAUUUUAUAGGUCGACCUCUAGUUCAGUCACCAAACAGUACAACAGUUACACCACGCAUGGCUGUUUAUUCAACAUCAAAUCAACAAUAUCGUCCAAGCCGUCCAUAUAACAAUUCAGCAACUGAUAAACAAUUAACAUCAAUCGAGAAUGAUCCGAAAACUUUAGUAUCCACACAACAACAAACGAAUUCCGAUAAUAUUUCGCUGGCCGGUCCAGCACAAGAGGGCAAACGCCAGGGCGAUGAUUUUGCUUUUCUCUUCAGUCGACAUAUCAUCUAUUCCAGCUGUCUCAAAGGAAAAUAUGUACUUCUACACUACGAGUUCUUGUCGUCUUAUUUUCUUGUUUUUCAUCUGACAACAUUCUGUAAUAAUCAACGACGAACGAUGCCGUUUUCUCAACGUUAUCUCGCGCGAAAGGUUAACAACAGUGUUCGAGCAAUAAAUAUGAGUGGAGAAAUGUCACUGGUUUUGCCACAUCUCUAUUUGGGUUCACUGAAAGAUCGAACGAACACAUCAUUGAUGAUGAAAAAUGAAAUAAAACGUGUUCUAUGUGUCAUUGAUCUUCCAGACAUCAUCAUUGAUAAAGGUGAAUAUAAACCAACGCACGUAAUGAAUAUACAAGCAGCUGACGCCCAAGAACAAGAUCUUGCACAAUAUUUUGAGAAAUGUAUUGAAUUUAUCCAUCAGGCCAGAACUGACCACGAAAACAUUCUUGUACAUUGUCAAGCAGGAAUAUCGAGAAGUGCGACCAUAGUCUUAGCCUAUUUAAUGACAAUUGGCGAUUACGAUGUGGAAAAAGCUCUUCAGAUUGUCAAAGGUGCACGCGGUUUCAUUCACCCAAAUCCGGGUUUUCUAUCACAGUUAAAACGAUAUCACAGCAAUGACGUUAAAAAGAACUGGUAUCGUUUAACACGACGUUAUCAAACUUAUUCGUUUGAUGACAAUGAUCAACAUUUUGUUAAAGGUUCACUAGAUGUAUAUUGGCAACAAUUUGAACCAGCUUUUAUCGCUGAGCCGGUUUUUUGGCCAACACGCAAAGAAGAUUCAAAGGAAAUGUUGGGAGCUCCUUGCGAACGGAAAAUGAUCUGUUCAUGUGUGAAGAAAACGAAUGGAGCGAUAUAG